UGACAACCUUCGCACCUCAAUAUUUGACUGCCUAACUUGCUUACUCUAACAUACACUGUCUGUCGGCUGUGGCGCACAUACCUGUGAGUUCCUGUGACCGACUUGUAUGCUGUCCACUGAGUAUGUCACACCACGUCGACUGGUCAUCGCUUACAGUGCUGUUACUGUCGUGGUGUCUCACACAAGGACAACAAGAGAACUCAUUGAGACUCGUGGCCCCACCAGAUCUAGACCGGCAGUCGGCAGGACGCCUGGAAAUCUAUCAUAACGGCACUUGGGGAACAAUAUGUGAUGACACCUUUGAUAACAACGCUGCCACCGUAGUCUGUCGCCAGCUGGGGUAUACAGGUUCAUUGUUUACACCCCAUGGAGGAUCGUACUAUGGGCCUGGUGGAGGGGUUAUCUGGCUGGAUGACUUUAGCUGUACUGGAAGUGAGGCUAGGCUGACAGAUUGCCUUCUGAAACCCUGGGCUGUCACCGACUGUACCCACAACAACGACGCAGGAGUGGACUGUGAUCCAGACAUGGAGACGGACAUACCCGUCCAGAUUACAGGAGGUACUUCAGGUCUGAUGGGUCGUGUGGAGAUUCAACACCAGGGUCAGUGGGGUACUGUCUGUGACGACGAGUGGGAUGACAAGGAUGCUGCCGUCGUCUGCAGGCAAAUGGGGUUCUCCAAUGUUUAUGCUGUGCCACUGACUAAUUCCUACUUCACCAAUGGCUCGGGUGUUCCCAACCAGCCAGUGUGGUUAGACGACGUGCGAUGCACCGGGAGCGAGACCGGCCUUGGAGCCUGCGAUCACAAACCUUGGGGAUCCAACAAGUGCCACAACACGGAGAACGCAGGCGUCAUCUGUCUUCCAGUGCCAUCGAGUGGCACUGGGUUGAAGGUACGUCUAUCGGAUGGCCUGGACCAGUAUCAGGGCCGCGUGGAGCUGCAGCUAUUCGGGCUAUGGGGUACUGUCUGCGAUGACAGCUUUGACAAAAGAGAAGCUACUGUCGUCUGCAGAAUGUUGGGAUACAGUUCAGGACUCGUAUUGGGUGAUGACAUGUACGCAGCAGGAACCGGCCCAAUCUGGCUUGAUGAUAUGGUCUGUAACGGUACUGAAACGUCUGUGGACAACUGUACCCACCACCCCUGGGGCGUCAACGACUGUUCACAUAGGGAAGAUGUCGGUGUCAAGUGUCAACCCAAGCAGAAUGUGACUGUGCAGGUCCGUCUGGAGAACGGCAGCUCCCAGGUCGAGGGCCGCGUGGAGGUGUUCCACGGCGGUGUGUGGGGGACUGUGUGUGACAGUCUCUGGGACGCGGCAGACGCGGCAGUUGUCUGCAGGAUGCUCAACCUAUCGUUUGGCAAUGCCGUGUCCAUUUCCAACGCGGGUUUCGGCCAAGGUUCUGGAUCAGUCUUGUUGGGUAAUGUGGACUGCGUUGGCACCGAGGAAGAUCUUGGAUUGUGCAAGUUCCCAAGAUGGACAGUUAACCAGUGUCAACAUUCUCAUGAUGCGGGAGUCAUUUGUCAAGCAGCCACUGCCAACAUGACCGCAGUCCGUCUUGCUGGAGGCGCCACGCCAUCUGAGGGCCGAGUCGAAGUCUUCUACAACAACACCUGGGGCACGGUGUGCGACGACAACUUCGGCGGAAAAGAAGCUGCCGUUAUCUGUCGGUCGCUUGGAUACAAUGCAUCCGGCUCUGUGGCAGUGGCCCGAGCAGCGUACGGCCCUGGGUCAGGUCCAAUAUGGCUUGAUGAUCUGAUGUGUCAGGGAACUGAGACGAACCUCAACCAGUGCGGGCACAGGGGCUGGGGGCGGUCCAGCUGUCGACAUGAUGAGGAUGCGUCAGUCCUGUGUUCAGAUGGCUCCACAACUGGGGACUGUGUCGCAGUACGGUUGGUUGGUGGGGCUAUGAAUACAGAAGGUCGGGUGGAGGUCUACUACAAUGGUAGCUGGGGGACUGUUUGCGAUGAUUACUGGAGCAACAUGGACGCCCAAGUCGUUUGCCGAAUGCUCGGACUCCCUGCAGACGGGGCAAUGCCCCGGCUUCAGUCCUUCUUUGGUCAAGGACACCUUCCUACUAUACUUGACGAUGUUAAGUGUGACGGGUCCGAGCUGUCUCUGGGGGAGUGCACGCACGCCCCCUGGGGGCAGAGCAACUGUAACCAGCGGGAGGAUGCCGGAGUGGUCUGCCAGGCCGCAACAACCGUGACGGUCCGCCUUGUGAAUGGGACGUCGACGUCGAAUGGUCGUGUGGAGGUGUUCUACAACAACACGUGGGGCACGGUGUGUGACGACAGGUUCGGGAACAGAGAGGCACAAGUUGUCUGCCAUAUGUUAGGAUUAGAGCGGCUUGGCAGUAUGGCGAUUGGUAAUGCAUACUUUGGACAAGGCUCUGGUGCUGUACUGCUUGAUAACGUUAGAUGUAUUGGCACUGAGGACAAUGUCGCUGAAUGUACAAGCAACGGUUGGUACAACUCUCACUGCCAACAUCAAGACGACGUCGGUGUUCUCUGUAGUGAAGAUGUUCCCAAGUUGCGUCUUGCUGACGGCCCAACUAAGUUCCAAGGCCGUCUUGAGAUGAACGUGGAGGGAACAUGGGGGACCAUCUGUGGUGACCACUUCUCCAACAACGCCGCAGAUGUUGUAUGCCGUCAGAUGGGAUUACCAUUCGGCGCGGCUGUGACAGUUAUCGGUGCUCCCUACGGCCAGGGCACAGGCAAGAUAUGGCUGGACAGCAUCAACUGUCGGGGCAAUGAGACGUCAGUGUCAAGCUGCCAUCACAACGCUUUGGGAAAUAAUGUUUGUGAUCAUUCGGAAGAUGUAAGUGUCAUGUGUCGAUCUUCAGCAUCCACAGCGAAUGUGACAGCGCGACUGGCAGACGGUCGCAUCCCAACAGAAGGACGCCUUGAAGUGUUUGUGAAUGGGCAGUGGGGUUCAGCUUGUGAUGACGGGUUCGCACGACACGAUAAUGCUGCAGUUGCUUGUAGGAUGCUUGGCAUGUCAACAGAUCAUCCGGUUUCUUACUCCAACGCAUGGUAUGGGCAGGGGACUGGACCUGUUUGGAUGGAUGACGUGGCGUGUACGGGGUCAGAACUGUCACUGGCUAGUUGCCCUCAAAGACCGUACGGCACCGGAGAUUGCGGCCAUGAUGAGGAUGUCGGGAUUAGCUGUCCACCAGCUGGUUUGCUCAACGUAAGCGUGCGCCUGGUUGGUGGCUCUGACUCUCACACUGGCCGGGUAGAGAUCUUGAACCUGGGGACGUGGGGUACCGUCUGUGACGACGGCUGGGGAAUACCUGAAGCCAACGUCAUUUGUAAGCAGCUUGGAUUUUGGAAUACACUGAGCAUUCCAGUACCCAACGCUUACUACGGACGGGGCAAUGGAGACAUAUUGGUUGACGACAUGAACUGUAUCGGCAACGAGAGCAACAUCGGCUACUGUCGGCACCCCUUGUGGGGCAGCAACAAUUGUGACCACUCGGAAGAUGCCGGUGUCAUGUGCCUGCCAGGGGUGCAGCCCUCUCCGCCGAUACAGGUGCGUCUGGCCGGGGGUCUAAACAAAUACCAAGGCCGGCUGGAGAUCAUGUACCGGGGCGUGUGGGGCACUGUGUGUGAUGACCACUUCCAGGUCCCUGAAGCAACAGUGGUCUGUCGGAUGUUGGGGUUUGGAUCGUCCGGGACCCCAUUGUAUCAUCCAGGUGGAGGGAGUGGCCCUAUCUGGCUCGACGAUCUGGCUUGUUCUGGGACGGAGUCCUCCCUCGUCAACUGCAGCUCAGGGGGCUGGGGGGAACACGACUGUGACCAUAAGGAUGACGCUGGUGUUGACUGUACACAUCCUGCGACCCUGGACGUAGACGUGCGUAUAGCCGGGGGUACAGCUGGUGAGGGAAGGGUGGAGGUGCUGUACGGAGGCUCGUGGGGAACUAUUUGUGACGACCACUGGACUGAUACUGAGGCCCAGGUCAUUUGUAGACAGAAGGGGUUCUCCACUGACAACGCCACGGGUGUUGGAGGAGCGGCCUUCGGUCCGGGGCUCGGCAACGUGGUGCUAGGAAACGUCCAUUGUGUCGGAACUGAGGCUAAUCUCAACAUGUGCAACAUCGGCUCUGUUGGCAGCAGCGACUGUGACCACAGUCACGAUGUGGGGGUCAGAUGUCACCAAGCUGGCAGCGUGACGACUGUGUACAACGUCCGCCUGGUGAACGGCAGCACGGCUAACGAGGGACGGGUGGAAGUACAGAUCAACGGUGGCGAGUGGGGGACCGUGUGCGAUGAUCACUGGGACGUUCAUGACGCGACUGUCGUCUGUCGUAUGCUCAAUCUUUCAACAGAUGCAGUAUAUCCCCGCGGUGCUGGUUACUUUCCUGCUGGUACCGGCAGAAUCCUGCUGGACGACAUGGACUGCCGGGGAAACGAGACUAGUGUCUCACUGUGCGGUCACGCGGAAAUUGGGGCCAGCAAUUGUGAUCACAGCGAAGACGCGGGGGUGAUAUGCGGAGAGCCAAUAAAGCAUGCGCCAGUGAGACUAAUCGGGGGAAUGACUAAGUACGAGGGUCGAGUCGAAGUGUUUCACAACGGAGAGUGGGGCUCUAUAUGUGACCACGGCUUCACCAACGACCACGCCAUGGUUGUGUGUAGCUCACUUGGAUAUCCAGUGACGUCGGCUCAGGCAUACGGUAAUGCGCACUUUGGGUCAGGCCUGGGUCCUAUCUGGCUCGAUGAUAUAAACUGUAUAGGAGACGAGAGUUUCUUGGAGGAAUGUUCUAUUAGAGGAUGGGGGCACACAUACUGUCUGCACAGUGAGGAUGUGGGUGUUAUCUGUUCAGUACCUACCAUCAAAGUUCGCCUAGCAAACGGUGGACCAGUUGAGUCUCAAGGUCGGGUGGAGGUAUACAUGAAUGGCACAUGGGGCACUGUGUGCAGCGAUCUGUGGGAUGCACGGGAUGCGGGGGUCACGUGUGCUAUGCUUGGAUACAGCAGACAGAAUGCCGUGGCUGUCCGGGACGGGAGGUUUGGGCGAGGGGCAGGGAACAUCUUGCUGGAUGAUGUUGGUUGUCUUGGUUUCGAGGCCACCAUCUUGCAGUGCCCGGCCAAGACUGGUCAUCAAAUUCGAUGUACACACGCGCUGGAUGCUGGAAUUACAUGUCAACAGUCGACAGUUUCCGUUCGUCUUGUGGGUGCCGACCAGACGGGACAGGGCAGGGUGGAGGUUCAGUUCAACAACACGUGGGGGUACUGUAUGCGAUGAUCACUUUACCAACCUCAAUGCUGAGGUGAUUUGCCGGAUGACCAACAACCCGACGUGAGUCAGACUAUACAUGACAGUAAACAUUAACAUUUAACUAACUACACAUGUAUUGAUAAUGACCAUGGAACUUGUUUACUCCCUAACAAAUGAAACAUAGUGUUGGCCGUUUACGCUUUGUUGGUACAUGUUCUAGACUGUUGAAUAUUCAGAACCAGUAGG